AGAAAAGACGAAGAAGAACCUACAUCCGGCUCUGGGGCGCCCUUUCGGUGUAUUUUUGUUCUGCAAUUGGACAGAGAUAAUAACAAAAAAAACUGUCAUAUUCAUUAGCGUCGAAGCCCGAAGACCGAGUGGUGGAUUUGAUGGGACGUAUUACCGUUUAAAGAUCAAGCGAUGUCUGUGGUGUUUGACGGGAGUCCCCUGAAAGCGAUGCAGAGCUCUCACACGCUCACAGCUCAGACUACUGCCCUGAGGUGAGGAAGCGGCUCCUCUGACAGCACAGGCAGACAGCUGGAGUUUAAGAUACUAUUAAAUCAGUCAGGCUUUUUAGAAAAUAACAUAUUAAGUUAAUUUAACAAAAGUAAAAGUGUUAAUGUAAAUACACCGGUCUCUGGAGUCAGUUCAACUACUGAAAGUUACUGUAUUAACAAUAGACAUCAGGGAUACUUGGUGUAUUUUCCAGCAUGUUGUUAUCUGUAUCCUGAUAUUAAGAAGAAAAGAAAAAGAUAAAUCUUGUCUCACAGUUAUUAUUUCUCUUCGUCACUGAAAACACUUUAAAGUAAUUGAAAAAUAAGCUGAUUUUUUUCUUCUAAAGCAACAUUCAGCUUAUUUUGGUACAAGGAUUAGGGGAGAGUGGGGUAAGUUGAGCCACUCCCUGUUGCUUAUUGAGGAGAUGGGCAUCAAUUCAUGGAGUCUGUGAAGGUUAGAAGCACAUGGGUGAAAAGGGUUAGACAUUUAUUUCCAAAAAAACAUUUUCACUCUUGAAAGUGAAUUUAGUCUGUCAUAAGCUUUAUUAGAAUUGUGCUCAGACCAAAAAAUCAUUUUAAAUUUGUUUUAUAAAUCAAUUGUGGUAUCUAUGAGCUACAGAAUGAGGUCAAGAACCUAGCAUAAAAGUCCACCAUUUUAACUUAGAGGACUAAUAAAGUCAUAAUAGUAGUUCUGGGGUAAGUUGAGCCAGUGGCUCAGCUGAGAAAGUAAAGGAGUCUGAUGAGAGGAUCAGAGCUUCAGUUCAGAUUGUUGAAAUGUGUUACUCUUUUCAAAAAUACAGCUGUGAAUGUCCUGAAUCACUUAAAGGCAUUCUCAUGUUAAAAUGUUUUUUUACAAAACAGCUUUUCAGCAGUUAUAUGUAAUAACAACAACAAGAAUUACUGUACCAGUUGAAUAGUGUAUAAUAGAUAAAAAUACACAUGAAUGUGAAGAAGUGACUGUUAUUUAGGGAGAGAGAAGGUGAGGGAGGGCUGGGGUGGAGAGUGGGAGGGUAAUAGGGAUACGGCUCAACUUACCCCGCUCCUAUGGUCAACUUACCCUGUCUAUGGGGUAAGUUGACCAUAGGAGACCACUUUUUUUGGCAUGCUGUAUUAUCAAGACAGUUAUGUUUACACUCAUUCUGUUGGUCUGCAGGGAUGCACAACAUCUUGAAAUGCAGAUACACUAGUUCGAGACAAAACUAUGAUUGCCUUGAUGAAGUGAUAUGAAAUAUUAAAUAUGGCUCAUCUUACCCCACUCUCUCCUAUAUGUAAAAGUCAGUCAAUGUACUAAAAUUUUUGAUGCAGUUAUGCCAAAUAUUUUGUUGCAGUUUGGGUUGUCUGUCUCAAGUAUGUGUCUUUGAGCUUUGAAAGUUUUAAUAAAUGAUUUGGAUCCAUUACCAACAAAAAAUAAAUAGCUGAUGAAAAACCUACAACUAAAAUGAGUGUUUCUUUAGUUUUUUUUAACAGUAAUUUCUAGUUAGAUUUACACCAAAACAUUAUUUUUCUAAAGAUUCACCAACUUAAUUUUCACCAAUUGUUCCACACCAUUUUUGCUUCAUUUAAACUUCCCUCUUGGCCCAUCAUUUCACAAUUUCCACCUUUCUUUUCUAGUGCCCAAGAACUGUCUCAGGAGAUCAAGUCCUUCAUCAGUGGUAUUGACACCAUUCAAGGCCGGAAGCUCAGUGUCCGAGAACAUGCUCGCUGUGCAGUGCGCCUGUUGCGCUCGGUCCCUGCCUGCCGAGGUGCAGUGCUGGAGCAUUUAAGAGGUGUAUAUGAUGAGCAUGUCUCUGCCUUUCUGCACAACCUGGAGGCAGAGGCUGAUUCCAGCUCCGGGGUCAGCUCAAACCUAGAGGACAUCAUUCAGGUGAAACUUACACAAGGACAUAUACAGAAAUAUCAAAAAUUACCACUUUUGGUUUCCCAGUAACAAGGAUUUGCUGCUUUUCUGUGGCUCUUGAUGAUAAUGGUUCAUAUGUAACAGAUCUAACCACCAAUUGGGUAAUUAAGAUUGUCUUUAUUACCUAGUUGUUGUCUUGCUGUCAUUAGAAAAAUACUAAAUGUCAGGAUUUGACUAAGUUAUUCCUGUUUUCUUUCUGCAGGAGGUUCAUGGUGUGCUAUCAGAAUUCAUUCGACUCAAUCCCCGGGCCUGGGCUCCUCUGGUAUCCGCCUGGGCUGUGGACUUGUUGGGUCAGCUGAGCAGCAAACACACCGGCCGCAGGGUGGCUCCACAUUCCUCCAGCCUCAAUGAGCUGCUCCAACUAUGGAUGUCCUGUGCUGCCACCCGGUCCCUGAUGGAGGCUUACUCCCAGUGUUUGGCUGCCAUGUUGGCCUGGUGCCCAGAUGCUUGUGUGGAUGCGCUGCUGGACACCUCAGUUCAACACUCUCCACAUUUUGACUGGGUGGUGGCUCAUAUUGGCUCUGCCUUUCCCGGGACUAUCAUCAGCCGAGUCUUGGCAUGUGGACUCAAAGAUUUCUGCUCUCAUGGCACAAAGGACCAGGGGCUUACAGUGGUUGGAGUAGAUAAAGGCAGCAGGGUCCCCAAAAUUGGAUCAGUAGUGGGAAUCCUUGGACACCUUGCAGUGCACCACUCGGAUAGUAUCAGGAAGGAGCUGCUCAGGAUGUUUCAGGAAAGCUUGAAUCCAUCCAGCCCUCUUUCUCCCACUUCAUCCUCGACAUCUUGGGAGAGUUCGCCACAACUCCGUCGAGCUGCGGUGCCGUUUCUACUGCAGCUGGCUGCCAUGUCCCCAAACCUCUUUGGUGCUGUGUCAGCAGAACUGGUGGAGCUGCUACGCCCUCCUGUGCUGCUCCAGCUGCAGGCUUUACUACAGGGCCUCCCCAGAGAAGAGCUUGAUAACAUGCUUGGGCUGGCUGUUCACCUCAUUAGCCAGAGUCCGUCAGGAGGGGCCAGGGUCCUCCGUUUUCUUGCUGACACAGCUACCCCAGCCUCUGUCAUCAUCUCUGGCCCUACACCCUCCCCUCAUGAAAGAGUCAGAGAAGGUUGUGAUCGCCUCCUCCAGAUGCUGCUUAUUCACCUUCACAAACUGGUCUUCAACCGCUCCGAUGGAGGUGAAGUCAACCCUCAUCAUUCCGCCUCUUCUCAGCCCCAGAGAGUCAUACCCUUCCUGGAGGAGCUGCAGUCUCACAUAGGUGAGCUCUGUGCUGAGACCCUACGACUGGAGAGGAAGCGUCACCUCUGGCUGCACCAGUUGCUGUGUCUGCUGUCUGUUUAUGGGGGCCCCAGCGUGGCUACCGAGGCCCUGUGCCAGCUGCUGACCCAAGCACGCAAUCCAGAGGAGCUGGCUCUGGCCUGGCAACUCCACACCACGCUCUCUUCUUGCAUGGCCGGCCUAAUCCCCGCUGCUGUCGCUCGCUGUGUGGCCCAGAUCCAUACUCACACUCUAGGGCCCAGGCAGCUGAGGCAGCUGCUGCUUAACCUGGCAGCUGCCAUCCAGAGUCAGGAUGAGGAGAGAAGAGGAGCAGCUGCAGGUGUUCAGUGUUCCAUGGCCAUCCAGGUGGGCUCAGCCGUGUCAGGAAACCUCCAUGAUUUUGGCCCUCUCCUUCUCCACUGUGACCCAGCUGUAUCUCACGCUGCUGUGCGCCUCCUGUCCUGUAGCCCGCUCCCUCGCACCUCCUCCCCAGCUCAACUGCUUUUGCUCUCCCGUGCUUCCGUCACUCAUUUCUUUCUCGUGUUGCGGAGAAGAGGGGAGGUAGGAAAAGCGGGAAGGGAUGGGGGACAGGCAGGUGAGGCGGUGACCUCUUCAGUCCUGCUCCUCUCCCGUUUGGCAGCGUAUUCCCCGCUCACUCUUAAAGCCGUUCUUCAGCAGCUGGUUGAGGGGGCGCUUCAUAAAGGCAAUGCUGAUCUGUUUGGAGGGCAGGCCACCGAUAUGUCUGGCGCUCCUAUUACUGCACCAUCUGUGUCCCCUGACCUUGGAGCCUCUCUGUUGGAUAUUAACUGUCGAUUUGGUACCACAGUCAACUUUUCUGGCAGUGUGUGGUCAGUUUUUCAUGCUGGAGUGAUUGGCAAGGGGCUGAAGGUUCGCACUGCCAGACAGUUGCCUGAUCCUUCUGGAGUCACUCAGGUGAGCUACACAGUUUUAGAAUUGUAAUUCAAAACAGACAGCAGUCCAAGCAAUACAUAUACAGCAGAAUUUAUGUACAUAUAAAUCUCUGUGUUUUUAAAUACUAAUUUUUAUUGUGUUUAAAAUUCAGCAGCAGAGAAGACAUUAACAUUGUUUUCGUUGUCAUCUUCUCCACUCUGUAGAACAUCCAGACUCUCCUGUCUGUCGUAGUCCAGUGUUGCAGCUCCUCUGGUCUCAAUGGCUCCAUCAAUGGCUCAAGGCCAUCAUCUGACCCUGAUGACCCACUGCCUAUCAAUGCAGAGGCAGCCAAAGUUGUGGCGGUUACACUGGUGGAAAACGUUUGUCCUGAUGUUGCCAACAGUGAGCUCUCCUGGCCCCCAGAAGAACACGCCCGCACCACAGUGGAGCGAGACAUCCACAUUCGGCGUUGCUUUGAGGCCCACCCUGUCUUGUUCCCUCUUCUCCAGGUGGUAGCAGCUGGACGCCCGGCUCUCUGCUACUGCUCCGCUGUUCUCAGGGGCCUCCUUGCAACUUUGUUGGCCCACUGGGAGGCUUCCAGGGAGGUGUUGUCCACAGACUCCCCGUGGCAUCUCCAGGCCUCCUGCCUCCUGGUGUCCUGCAUGGGAGAGGGCCAGCUUCUGCCUCCUGUGCUGGCCAACGUCCAUGAAGCUUUCCCUCACAUCACUCCCUUCGAAGUGAGGCUGCUGCUUCUGGCCGUCUGGGAGUAUGUGAGGGGUAACGGGCCCAUGCCCCAGAAGUUCAUCUUCAACUCAGAGAGGGGCCUGUUCUGCAGGGAUUUCUCACGGGACGGUGAUGUAGCAAGAUAUGUGGCUCCAAUUCACAGUGUCCUGCAUAAAAACAUUGACAGAUUGGGGCAUCUGUGCUGGCGAUUUCAGCUUUAAAAGGAAACUUUGGCCAGCAAGUGACAAACAGUAGAGAUGGUAAAAUAGAAAACUGUGUUAAAUUGCUCCAAGAGUGGACUGUAAAGUUGCCAUCACUGUGUGUUUAAGUUUAGUAUACAUUUUCCACCAUAUUUUUGGACAUUGUCUCUAAAUGAUGCCAUGUGGGUAAAAGAUGAGGAGCCAAGAGAACUGGCAUCCACAUACAAUACGUUCAGCCCACCUUUGCCUCACACAGAAACACCUUUUGUGUCAUCUUGGUUAGAAAAUGAAACAUAAUUCUUCUAAAUCUUUUGAUAUUUGUGUUUUUUUUUUUCAGAUUAGUUUUGUUGCCAAAAAAUUGAGGUGAAUUGUUUGUCACAUGCACAAACUUCUGUUUCAACAAUUUUACUGAAUAAAUCUUAGUUUUGUCUUUCAGAUUAAGCAUUGGUUGAGUGGUUACACUCAUAGAAGGAA